GGAAUAGUGGAAUCUACACUGAGAAGAGGGUGCUCAUGGAGGAAAGACCUACAUAACCACAAGGAAGGUCAAGAAAAAAAAGUGAAGGACCAUUUGAGCAUUACUACCCUUCACUAAGGAGAACACUGAAUGUAGUAUGAACUCCAAGUGACAGAAGACACACUUAACGAGGGCAGGUUUGAGACAGGGUUUCUCUUAUAGUCUUGGCUGUUCUGGACUCACUUUGUAGACCAGGUUGGCCUCGAACUCACAGAGAGCCACCUGCUUCUGCCUCCCGAGUGCUGGGAUUGAAGGCGUGCACCACCAUGCCUGGCUCAGAAGACACAUUUCUUAACUGGCUUACAUUGGGAACUGAUUCUUGAACCAACUCAGCAUGGCCUAUAAAGGAGGUGGGCAUGGCCAGCCUCCCUCAGUGAGGCCUUCCCAGUUUAGCUCUCGAAAUCUUUCCAAUAACAGGACCCCUUCACAUAAUAUAUGCAUGGUGUCAGACUUUUUCUACCCAAACAUGGGAGGUGUGGAAAGCCACAUUUACCAGCUCUCUCAGUGCCUCAUUGAGAGAGGGCACAAGGUUAUAAUUAUCACCCAUGCUUAUGGAAAUCGAAAAGGCAUCCGUUAUCUCACCAAUGGCCUCAAAGUUUAUUAUUUGCCUCUCAAAGUCAUGUACAACCAAUCUACAGCCACGACUCUCUUUCACAGUCUGCCAUUGCUCAGGUACAUAUUUGUUCGGGAGAGAGUUACAAUCGUCCAUUCUCACAGUUCUUUUUCUGCCAUGGCCCAUGAUGCUCUCUUCCACGCCAAGACAAUGGGGCUUCAGACAGUCUUCACGGACCAUUCCCUUUUUGGAUUUGCUGAUGUCAGCGCUGUGCUUACAAACAAGCUUCUAACUGUGUCUCUUGGGGACACAAACCACAUCAUUUGUGUCUCUUACACCAGUAAGGAAAACACUGUACUAAGAGCAGCACUGAAUCCUGAAAGAGUGUCCGUCAUUCCUAACGCUGUAGAUCCUACUGACUUCACCCCAGGACCACUUAGGAAGCCCAGCAGUAUGGUAACUAUUGCUGUCAUCAGCAGACUCACUUACAGAAAAGGCAUCGAUCUGCUCAGUGGCAUAAUACCUGAACUCUGUCAGAAAUAUCCUGAGCUAACCUUCUUAAUUGGAGGAGAGGGACCAAAGAGUAUCAUUUUGGAAGAAGUACGGGAAAGAUACCAACUACAUUCCAGGGUGCAUCUUUUGGGAGCUUUAGAACACAAGGAUGUCAGAAAUGUCUUAAUCCAAGGACAUAUUUUUCUUAACACCUCCCUGACUGAAGCCUUCUGCAUGGGUAUCCUGGAAGCUGCCAGCUGUGGUCUACAGGUCGUCAGCACCAAGGUUGGUGGGAUUCCUGAAGUCCUUCCGGAGAACCUUAUUAUUUUAUGUGAGCCUUCGGUAAAAUCUUUGUGUGAAGGGCUGGAAAAAGCUAUUUCCCAAGUGAAGUCAGGGACAUUGCCAGCUCCAGAAAAUAUCCACAGAGUAGUAAAGGCUUGCUACACCUGGCGGAACGUGGCAGAGCGAACUGAGAAGGUGUAUGAGAGGGUGGCAAAUGAAACCGUGCUGCCGAUGCACAGGAGGCUGAACAGGCUCACCUCUCACUGUGGCCCAGUCACAGGCCACAUUUUUGCUUUGCUGGCUGUGUUCAGCUAUCUCCUCCUCUUGUUCCUGAGAUGGGUCACUCCCGAUUCGGUCAUUGAUGUGGCAAUAGAUGCCACUGGGCCAAAGGGAGUUUGGACAUAUCAAUAUCCUCAUGAUACAAAAGAUGAGAUUGAUGAGACAUCGAAAGCAGGUAGAAGCGAGCCUGAAUUAUAAACUUUAGACAGGUCUAGCGAUACAGUUGAAAAUAAAUAACCUUGUUCUUUUGUCUGGGACUUCAAAGUGAACUUGGUAAGUUAUAUCACCUCUGUAGCACUAGCUGUUUCACUUGAAGAAAACUAAACACUCACAAUCCCUGAGCAUGGAAGCUCCUCACACUUCUGUACACUUCAGAGAGAAGUCUGGCCCCUCAGGUGUGAAAGCUUCUGAUUACUGACAGCCUCCAGUGGAGAUGGUUCAACAUUAUGUUUUGGGAGCCUUGGGUGCUGGGUCU